AUGGACAUCGCCCGCACGUCCAUGAUUCAUGCCCAUGCGCCCCAUUUUCUAUGGCCCUACGCGGUUCGCUACGCCGCUCACCAGCUGAACCUCCAGCCGCGCGUCUCGCGGCCAGAGGCUUCACCGACCAGUCUUUGGACCGGGUCCCCUGGUGUUGGGUCAGGUUUUCGUGUCUGGGGCUGCCUUGCGCUUGUCCGCGACACCUCUGCGGACAAACUCUGGGCUCGCGCCGUCCUCUGUGUCUUCCUUGGUUUCCCGGUAGCCUCGGCCGACUGGUCCUUUUACCACCCGCCCCUCCAUCAAUUCCUAGACUCCCGUGACGUCCGGUUCGACGAGUCAGUGUCCUACUACACCCGCUACCCCUGUCGAGGUCUCCCGGUUCCCCCUCCCCCCCUUUUCCUCGCAACCUCUCUUCCCCCUGCUCCCGCUCCUCCGCGUCUCCCUCCCCGCAGUCCUCCUCAUAGUCCUCUCAGCAGCCUUCGGUAUUUCCACGACAUGUUACUGUGGACUCGGUUGGUGUUGGAGCUGGAGGUGCAGCCACUGGCGGUACUCGGUCUGGGGGUGCUUGUUCGAGGGGUGCUGGAGUUGGAGGUGCUGGCGCAGGUGGCGCUAGCCCUAGGGGUGCUGGAGCUGGAGGUCCUGGCACUGGAGGUGCUAGUUCUGGGGGUGCUGGAGCUGGAGGUGCUGGCACUGGAGGUGCUAGUGCUGGGGGUGCUGGAGCUAGAGGUGCUGGCAAGGGAGGUGCUAGUUCUGGGGGUGCUGGAGUUGGAGGUCCUGGCACUGGGGGUGCUAGGACAGGGGGCACUGGAGCUGGGGACCCUGACCCUCUUGGUACCCCUUCUGGGGACACUGUCUCCCACUGCGUUUGGUCCCACGUUUCCUCCUCUUGACGACCGUCCGGCGGUCUGGUCUUCCCCUCCACCGCAGUCUCCUCCUCCUGUUGUCCGUCACUACCGUUCCCGUCUUUGUCCUCCGGGUGCUCGUCCCUCGUCCCCCAUUAUCGACCUCCACACUGCCCUCCUUUGUACUUCUCUUCGUCGUUCUCCUCCUUUGGUGUCUGUUCUACCGUCUCCUCCUCCGUCUUCUCUUCCAGUCCCCCCUACUCCUAUCCCCGACUACUACCGUGAUGUUCGCCCUGUUGUCUCCCGCGUUCUAGCCACUGUUGUCACCGACCCUCGUUUCUCUCCGUCGUCUGUCUCGGCUCUCACUGCCGCUGUCGCUGACUUUGCCGCCGCCAUCCGCCUUGACUACCGCACUUGUAUGGUGCUCGCUCUGCCUACCCAUCCUCUGUCCGUCGGGGGUGAGUUUGUCAUUGGCUGUGAUGUCCUAGAGGACAGGCACUCUGAGCUGGAGUACCUGGCAGCCGCUUCUCCCACUCUCUGUGCCAUGCUGCUUUCCCCUGAGGGAGAUCCCGACGCCCUUGACAUACCGACUCCUUGCACGUACCGUGAGGCAGUGUCACGGUCGUGGGCCUCUCAGUGGAAGGCGGCCAUGGACUCAGAGUUGGUGUCUUGGAGAUCCACAUGCACAUACGUCGACGCAGUUCCCCCUCCCUGGGCGAACGUAGUCGAUGGCAUGUGGCUCUUCAAGGGACGACUGCACGAGGAGAUCUGGAUGCGCCGUCCUCCUGGUUUCACUGGUACUUUCCCUCUUGGGACCCAGUGGAGCCUAAGGCGACCAAUCUACGGUCUCCGCCAGUCGCCCCGUGAGUGGUACAAGACUCUUUGCUCCACGCUUCGUGGCCUAGGGUUUCGCCCUUCCUCUACUGACCCGUCACUGUUUGUUCGUGCCGGCUCCACUCCUUUCUUUAUACUCGUCUACGUCGACGACUUGGUCUUUGCUACACCAGACAGGGCUGCUCUGGCUAAGGGACAGAGCCGCUCGCACCUCACGUUGACGCAGUCACACAUGGUGCAGCAGGUUCUUCAGCGGUUCGGGCUUCAGCACUCCACCACACAGCCAGCUCCUCUUGCUGUAAACCACAGACUCACCGGCCCCUUCCCCGACGAGCCCUUUGAGCCCAGUGGUCCCUACCCAGAGCUUGUUGUCUGCCUCAUGUACCUGAUAACCUGUACUCGCCCGGACCUCGCCUACCCUCUUAGUGUCAUCUCUCGCUUUGUUGGACCUGGGAGGCACCGUCCUGUUCACUGGACGGCUGCCGUGAGGGUGGCGAAGUACCUGGCGACUACAUCAGGCAUGGGGCUUGUGCUUGGCCAGUUGAGCUGA